GCGGACAGCGAGCAGCAGCACACUUACACACACUUUAAAUUACAGAGCAGACGGAGAAAACACACCUGACGCCCAGAAUCGCUUAUUGGAGGAAACAGAAGAUGUGGAUAUUUUUACUGCUUGCAGCUGCGGCUGCGGUGGCGUCGGCUCAGAACGACUGUUCCCGCGGGGCUUGUUACCCGCCGAGCGGCGACCUGCUGCUGGGCCGCGGUGACCAGCUCCACGCAACCUCCACCUGCGGCAUCCACGGCACCGAGGUCUUCUGCACCCCCUACCAGCAGAGGAGGAUGAAGUGCUGUCCAUGUGACUCCAGGAACCCGAGGAGCCAGCUGGCCCACACCGUGCAGGACGUCCUGAGCACCGCUGGACCCAACAGAUGGUGGCAGUCCAAGAAAGGUGAGAGUCCUGUCGCCCUGCAGCUGGACCUCGGCCGCCUGUUCCAGCUCGACAACCUGGUGCUCAGCUUCAAGGGCCCUCGUCCCAACGCUCUGGUCGUAGAGAGGACACUCGAUAACGGCGAGACCUGGCAACCCGCCCUCUACAUGGCAACAGACUGCCGAUCAGCGUUCCCUGGAGUUCCCACCGCGGUGCCGCGCAGCGUGGACGAGACGUACUGCCACCCGCUGCCGCCGACCCACACCGAACCCUACAGGGAGCAGAUCGUCCAUUUCAGUCCUCUGCGUCAGUACGCCUACGUCCCGCUUCCCACCGGCCAGAAGAUCAAAGACGUGUCGGGGCUGAACGGCCUGAGGGUGAGGCUGACUGACCUGGGCGACGUGCCGACCCUGCCGGGCAGAUCCCUCAGCAGGUUUUACGCCCUGAAGGAAAUGCGGGUGAUGGGCAGCUGCAUGUGCCACGGACACGCCAACCGCUGCCUGCAAGAAACCUCCAGCAGCCCCGAGGCCAACGGCGUGCAGGUGGGUGGUCAGUGCGAUUGCCAGCACAACACAGCCGGCGUGAACUGCGAGCGCUGCGCUGACCUGUACAACGACCUGCCCUGGAGACUGGCUGAGGAGGGAAACACACACACCUGCAAACGCUGCGAGUGUAACAACCACGCCCAGCGCUGUCGUUUCGACCAGGCCGUGUAUGAGGCCAGCGGGCGGACGAGCGGCGGCGUGUGUGAGGACUGCCUGCACCACACCACCGGCCCCAGGUGUGACCAGUGUGCCCCGGGCUACCAGCCCAACCCCCGCAGCCGCAUGGACCGGCCCGACGCCUGCAUACGUUGUCUGUGCAGUGCAGAGGGGACGGUAAAUGGCGGCCAGUGUGAUGACAUCACCGGCUCGUGUCAGUGCAAAGCCAACGUGGAGGGACCGCGCUGCGACCGCUGCAAGAGUGGCUUCUACGGCCUGAGCGCCUCCAACCCGCUGGGCUGCAGCAAGUGCGCCUGCUCUCCGGACGGCUCCAGCUCCAGCGUGUGCGACCCCGUGACGGGACAGUGCCCCUGCCUCCCCCGCGUCCAUGGCCUCACCUGCGACCAGUGCGCCCAGGGCUACUGGAAGCCCCUCUGGGCAAAGGGCUGUGAACUGUGCAACUGCGACCCGACCAGGUCACAAGGCGACACCUGCGACCAGUGGACUGGCCAGUGUCAGUGCAGGUCAGGUUUUGGAGGCCGGACCUGCGCCGACUGCCCAGACAACAUGUAUGGAGACCCUCUGGUCAGCUGUAAACCAUGUCAGUGUGAUGCUGAAGGGACUCUUCCAGAAGGCUGCGAUAAGGGAACAGGAGAGUGUCUGUGUCGAGAUGGGGUCACCGGCCCUCGCUGCGACUCCUGCAUCCGCGGACAUUGCGACUCCUUCCCCACUUGCGACACCUGUCCAUCCUGUUUCUUCACCCUGGACGACCAGCGGCGAAACCUCAGCCUGGCUCUGGAGAGACUCGCCCCCAGCCGCCCUCCUCCUCGUCCCGGGACUGUGCCAGUUGACCCUGGAAACUUUGGCCGUCAGAUCCGUGAUUUGGAGGCCAGGCUGAAGCAGAUCCGGGACACCGUCUCCCUUCCACCCAACUCCGCCACACGAAUCAACAAAGCUCUCUCCGAGCUGAGGAGACUGAGGGACCAGAAGAACCAGGUGGAUGGUGACCUUUCACCCCUGGAGAGGGAUCCUAGUCUGGCCUCACAGCUGGAUGAGCUCCAGAGGCUGUUGAAAGACCUUGGCGGGGUGUACAACGCCAAGAAAGAUGUUCUGACAAACACCGCCACCUCCAACGACGCAGGAGCCUUCUCUGCCAUCCAGAAUGCCUACAACGAGUCUAGAGACGCAACCAAGAGUGUGGAGAACAGUGGAAAGACAGUUGACCAGUCGGCGGCUGCCAGAAAAGAUGCUAAGGACCUCGAGAACCAGGUCCAGCCAGCCAACACCAGAGAUCUGAAGAAACUGGACCAAAAUUUGGCCUCCAGACCUAAUCUCACCCCCACUGCCAAACAGGUGUGUGGUAGCACUCGCAAAGCCCCCUGCACACCUCUCCAGUGUGAAGGCGAUGAUUUGUGUCCACCAGAGGGAGCGGCACAAUGUAAGCCCGGGGAGAAUUGUGUGGGCGCCCUGCCUCUGGGUAACAAGGCAAUAGACGACGCCAAAGGAGUGAAGGACAGACUGGACAAGCUGAGUAAGAAGAUCACAGAGACUGCUGAGCAGCUUCAGGAAACACAAGAGACAACCAAUCAGGUGAGGAUGAGCACAGGCAAGCUGUCCGAGCAGGCGCAGAAGGUCAAAGACAACCUGGAAGCAGAGUUGAAUGAAACACGUGACGUCGUCAAACAGCUCAAAGACUUCUUGACAGAUCCGACGUCCAGCCUCACCCAAAUCAAAGAGGUGAGCGACUGGGUCCUGAAGGCCAAACUCCCUCUGAGCCUGGCGACCCUGAGGAAGAAGCUGAAAGAGCUGAAGGACUUGACGGCGGCUCUGCCAGACAGCACCGCCGUGCUGGAAGACGCUCAGCCACAGCUGGACGCUGCCAAGAAACUGCUGCAGGAAGCCCAGGAUGUCAGGGACAAAGCAGUCGGCGUGAACGCGGAUGUGAACGGGCUGCUGGAGGGCAUGGACGCGGUGAAGGGCACCAUUAAAGACCUGGAGGACAAACUGAACAACAGCACAGACAUCAUAGAGACGCUUGAUGACAAGCUGGCUAAGGCCAAAGCCCAGCUGAAGCCGGCAGAGAAAACCAUGAACGACUUGACAGCACUGAAGGACCAGAUUAGGCCGCAGCUGGAAAAGCUCAAAGACCUGCUGCAGGACCGAGACCAGCUGGCCGACAACGCAACGGACACCGCUGAUAAAGCUGAGGAUGAAGCUCUGGCAGGCGCAGACGACCUGGAGAAACUCAAGUCGCUGCUGGACCGCCUUAAGACCGCCCAGGCCAACAGUGGGCGGGGCGAUGGGGCGGGGUCGACGGGUGACCGGCUGCUGAAGCUGAAGGACGACGCCAACAAUCUGCUCAAAUACACCGGAGACACAAUGCAGGACAUGACAGAUAAAGCAGAUUCCCUGAAGAAGCUGCAGGAUGAAGUCCUUAAGAAGUCGCAGCAGCUCGAUGGGCUCGAUGCCAGACUCAGAGGACUCCUGCGUGAUAUUCGUAUGAAAGCCCAGGUCCUCGCCACCUGCCAGGGCUGAGACGGCCAGGAGCCUCCAGAGCGGCACCUGCAGCUGCUGCCACUAGAUGGCGAACCGUAACCACCUUCCAUAGCAUUUCAACAUGACCAUGCCCUUCACUUAUGAUGAUAUUAAAGGACAAAUCCCCCUAAAACGCUGUUUCACACAGCUUUUUGUGAUGCGCUUUGCAAUUCCAUGCCCAGAUUUUGUGAAUUUUUGGAUUUUGGUUUUAUUUUAAUAGCAGAAAAUGUUUCAGCGAUCUAAAACAUAUCAAACAUGAGGUUUUCUGCACCGACGUUCAGCAGUCACACAGGAGCAGCGUACAGACCAUGAUGCACUGCAACCGGCCGCAAGACAGGUUGUGUUUUGUGCAGAAUAUGCUCAUCACUCAGAAUAUAACAAAUGCUGAAAGGCAUUGUGGGAAGUGUAGGAAUUCAGUAGAAGUAAAUGAGGCGGGUUCAGGGAAACGACACCAGCCAAAAUAACUCCUGGAAUGCAUCGAACAUCACAGAUCACUGAGAAAUAAACAGCACGAGAAACUACGAGGGUGGAUUUGUCCUUUGAUUCCGCUGUGUUUCUUUCAAAGUCAGAAGUCAGAAAUUCCCAGCUGGCAAUUUUUUAAUUAAAAAAAAAAAAAAAAAAAUCUCUGUGUGCUUCUGUCAUCCAACUCAGAGAAAAAAAACACAUCAAUGAAACAUUUUCCUCAGUGCAGCUUCACAUUCAGAUUGACCCAUUUAUCACACAGCUAUGUCCACAGAUUUCAUGUGAUGCUGCAAAUCAAACCAAAUCUAGUGGAUUUUUUU